AUGGCAGCCUUGAGUUCGCUCGACUUGGUCGGCUCAACUGGGCGCUCUUACAUAUUCAAAAAGCUGAUCCAGGAAAGACCACAUGUUGGUCGCGUUUGGCUAGCAUCGUCUAGAAAUGAGAACUUCAUCCUGAAAGACAUACCUAAAAACAUUGUUUUAGGCUUCAACGAGGACAUUCGACCAAGGCUUCCUCUCACUCCCCGUGUGCGACUGCCAGUAGAUACCAUACCAGAUCGACCCAUACUCGUUUACGAAUACCUGGAUCAAGACCUUUUAAAUCUUGUUCAAAGUCAGGUAUCCAUGCAAGCUCGAAAAGAAAUCCUCAAAGCCAUCUUGCAAGGUAUUGCGGAUUUGCACGACCGCGACAUUGUCCAUUUAGAUGUUAAACCCGAUAACUUCUUGGUCAGCUACCGUAGUAUUGACCAUGAUAUCUUGGUCAAGAAGGUGCAGGUCAAUGAUUUUGAGAAUGCGGGCUAUAUCCCGAAGCCUAGGUGCGUUAAAGGGAUGUUGGCCGGGAAUAACAACUGGCGCAGCCCUGAGGCCAACUUUAGGGGAACGCUCAACAAGCCAACUGACCUGUUCUCAUUCGGACUGGUGUGCAUCUAUGCUAUCUUAGGGCGCAUCAUACUAGGCUGCGAUGCCGAUUUCGAGUUCCAUGAAUCAAAAGGCAUACCGCCUAUAUGCAUCCGUCUGCCGCGUCAGAUCACAUAUUUUGGGGAUCAAGAAGGAUUGAAUGGCCUUAUGAAGCAUUUUAGCGAUGAGGAGACCAAGCGCGAGAUUCUUGGGAUGCAUUGGAAAGCCCGAAUGGCAGACAACCACCCAUAUGUGCCGUUUUCAGAGUGGACGGGUGUUGAUUCGACAUUCAAGGACUUGAUCCGAGGAUUGAAUAAUCUGGACCCCUCACGGCGACUUACCGCUCGUCAGGCGUUGGAACACCCCUGGUUUGAAGGGGUCAAACUUGCUUUCUAG